AUGUUUCUUAUCCAAGAUGCAAGAUAUGAGCUGGGCAAGCAUUCCUUUGCCCCUCCUCUCGGCGAGAUUGGCAAGACAUCCCAGCAUCCCGCUUAUCACACCCAUGGGCAAAGCGUUCGAACCGGGGGGACCGCUGGCCUUCUCUUUGCUACGCGACUGGCAGCGGCGUUGCCAGAAAGCUCGGUUGUCGUUCUGGAAUCUGGCAGUGCAUUUCCUGAUAACUCGCAUUUUUGCAAGUAUGACAGGUACCAUGCCUGGUAUCGUCCUGACCUAGAUUUCGGGCAUCUUACGACGCCCCAAACCUCCCUCAAGGGACAGGUCCUCCCCUAUCUCCGGGGCAAGGGCCCAGGAGGAUGCUCCAACGUUAACUUCUUGACUUACCUACGUGGCGCUGGGGAGGAUUAUAAUUUCUGGGCUGAGCUCGUCGGUGAUGAAUCUUGGAAAUGGGAACAUACUCUCAGGAGAUUUAAGGAGAUAGAAACUUUUCAUGCCGACCUGUCCGAGGACAUGAAGAAAUAUUCGAAUCCUUUGCCAGAGUACCAUGGAUAUGAUGGGCCGUUGCAUGUGAGCUUGCCUGCUCAGUUAGAAGCCGGGGUGUCGGAGCUUUUCGAUGCAGCCGCAAGAUACGGCCUGCCAUUAAACACGGACCCUAACUCUGGAAACCCUAUCGGGAUGUCUCUCCCGCCUACUACAACUUAUAAAAGCUAUCGUUGGACCAGCGAAUCCAUAUAUACCAACUAUCGUCCUGCGAAUUUGAAGAUGGUAACUGACAUUAAAAUCGCCAAGGUUAUCUUUGAGAACAAGGUAGCAGUUGGCGUCGAAACAGUGGAUGGGCGGAAAUUCACCGCGAACCAGGAAGUAAUACUAUCUGCCGGUGCAUUCGAUACCCCGAAGAUCUUGCUCCUCUCUGGUGUUGGGCCUACUCAGGAGCUCACCCAGCACAAUAUUGAAACACUUCACGAUCUUCCUGGGGUAGGCAAAGGUCUAUCCGAUCACCCCUUAGUUGUUAUAGGAGCAUCAUAUGCGCCCGCUGCAGGCCUCAGUGAUCGAGUUAAAUUUGUCUCUAACCCCGCUGCCGUUGAAGCUACACGAGAGCAAUGGAGACGAGACGGGACUGGGGAGACAAACCUACACCAGUCUUGCGCUAUCACCGGAUGGUUGAAGGAAAAUUCCAUUCUCACAACUAACGAAUAUCAAAACCUAGAUGCUCUUUGAAAGGAACACUUGGC